AUGGACAGUACGUGUGAGUAUUGCGAGAAGGGAAGAGCCACCGUAUACUGCCGCGCCGAUUCCGCUAGGCUGUGCCUUUCCUGCGAUCGCGUUGUACACUCCGCUAAUAACCUAUCGUUGCGACAUCAACGAACUCUCCUGUGCGACGGCUGUAACCUCCAACCGGCAGCUUUUCGCUGCGUUGACGAAAACCUCUCUCUCUGCAUCGCUUGCGAUAGCGCAAUUCACGGCAAGCUAUCCGCUUCGCAACUGCACAGACGCCAUGCGUUCGAAAAUUUUACGGGCUGCCCGUCCGCAGCAGAUCUUGCGCAGCUUUGGGGUUGCGAAUUGGCGAAACCACCCCCGCCGCUGCUCCAAGUUCAUCAGAAGCACUCUCGCCCCGCGUGCUCCACGUCAACAGGCGCCACGACGUCGCUCAUCGCGUCGCACACAACGAGGAUGUCGCACGACGACACGCUGCCGUCGCCAGAUUCUGGCCGCGCGACACGGCUAACCUCCCGUUCCGUGAAGAGCUCUCGACCGCUAGUAACGCCGGCAACGACAAUGAGUCUCACCAGUUCCGUACAGCACCCGUCGCUCUCCAAACCCGCUGCGCCGGAGCCCAGCACCGCCACGGUCUGCGCUUCCGCUCCGCGGAAGCAGUGGGGGGCGGCGGGGCUAGGCGGAGCCGCUGGAGCCCGCGGAGCGGCGGGAGCAACGAGCGGUGCGGGGAUGGCAGUGCCGGCGGGACGAGCGAUGUCGAGUAGCACGUCGGUGGGUUUGGCACCGGCGAGCACCGUUGCGACGUCGACGGCGGUGACGACGGCGGGAGAUGCGGCAGGAGAUGCGGAGAUGAUGGACGCGGUGCUGCAGCGGAGCCUGUCGCACGGUUUCGCAGCAUCUGGCGCGCAAGGCGCUGCGUCGCAGCCGUUGUUCCCGGAGUCUGCGCGCGCAGGGAGCGCGGCGCAUCUGGCGGAAAGCCCGAGAGCAGGCAAGCCGUCCGGCCCGCAGCUCCGUCCCUCCGCGUGCGCCGCCGGAAUGACAUCGCCCGCGCCCUCGUCCUUCUCCGCGCAAAGAGCGCCGCCCUGCCCGUCGCGCAUGUCUCCGCCAGCCUAUUCCCCCAGUGCUCUUCCCAGCACCGCCGCCGACCGCGGUCCGGACGCCAAGGGGCUUAAGAGCCCCCUCAUUGAGGCCGGCUCUUUAACAACAGCAUCUGCAGCCACUGCUGCACCUGCAGGCAGUGCGGCGCCUGCAGGUAAUCUUGUUGCAGCAGGGAUCCCCAACGCUGUGGCGGCUGCUCUUGCUGCAGCACCGUCCGCCUUCCUCACAUCGCCCCGCCUCGCUGGCAAGCGCGCCCUCAGCAUCGCUGCUACUGGCGUUGGUGCUGGUAACUGUGGUGCUCUGCCGCUGGGGAGCAUGGCAGGAGGAGGCACACUCAUGCAGCCACUGGAUCAGGACACUGUUGACUGGCUCGCUGCCCGCCCGCCGUCCUCCAUGGCCGGCAUGAACCGUCUGCUAGCGAGGGUGCUGGAGGAGGCGGGCGGCAGCGCAGCAGGCAUGGAUGGCAGUGCAUCGCCCGCCACGUGCGCUCUGCUGGAGAGCAGAUUAGGCUCUGCUUCCCUCACAGCACCCAACGGCCCUGGUGACCUCGUCACCACCCCUGCCACUCUUCUCGGCACCGCUGCUGCUGCAGCAGAUGCCUCUGGUCGCAUGCCGUGGAGGAAUGGAGCCUUGUGGAACAAUGCUGCUAUCCGAACCUUGUCCACAGCUUCGGCGUCCAGCUCCUUGGCAGGUGCGGCGGGAGGUGCGGGAGGGGCGGCGGGGGAGGCGGGGCAGGAGGAGAGGGAGCUGGCGCUGUUCCGGGCGCUGGAGGGACAGAUGAUGAGGGAUAGUAGUAGAGGCACUGGCACUGCCACCCCAGACGCACAGGCAGGGGAGGGAGGAAAUGAGGGUGAGGCUAUGGUGGAGGUGAAGUCAGAGGCAUUUGCUGGCGCUGAGAGAGUUGGUCCCGCCAGUGCUGCCAUGCUGUUCGGUGGUGGUGGUGCGAUGCAGCCUGCCGGUCCCAUGAGCAUGGCCCAUGCCCUCCAUGCCCUCAACUCCGCCAACCCAGUCAAUGCGAUCAAUGGGAACUCAGUCAACGCGGUCAACCCAGUCAAUACAGUCAACCCGGUCAAUGCGGUCAACGGGUUUCUUGCGGACCCCUGGUUGUGCCGGGCAAGGAGCAUGCAGGGGGCGGGCGGCGGGGUGAUGGGCGGGCCAAUGACGGGCGGCACGGUGCUAUCAGCCAUGGUGGCGGUGUCAGCAGCAGCUGCCAGGGACGAGGCAGUGAUGCGAUACAUGGAGAAGAAGAAGCACCGCACGUUUGCCAAGAAGAUUCGGUACGAGUCACGCAAGACACGCGCGGACGGGAGGCAGCGGGUGAAAGGCAGGUUUGUCAAGACUCUUGAUAGUGCUGAAGCAACCUGUACCUGA